CAUUAGGAAUGUACGGCUGGGUUGUCGUGGAUACUGCGGUAGCCCGCAGCACUAGAUGUAUAAUGUACAAAGGAGUCUGUUUUGUUUCAGAUUACCUGUUAUAACUUUAUAUGCAGCACAUUGUGAUUGCUGCAGGAUUGUAUAUCGGUUAUUGCUGAUUUAGUACUGUAGAAAGAAUGUCACCCACGCGAACGCAGAUGUAAACACGUUACUUGCUGAAGAAGUAAUGUGCCGUGCGUGUAAUUUCAGUAUUUAUUUCGUACAAUAGCAUGUUUAUAAAUUAUAUUUGUGUGUUUAUACAUUAUUUCUGAAGAGCUAAUUCAUCUAAAAUGGCGGAAAUAGAAAUUGAACGGAAUCCAUCUGGCAAAAAGUUACAAGGCAGGAUCCUUGUUCUGACAAUCUGUGCCGCAGGAAUUGGGGGAACCUUCCAGUACGGCUACAACAUUUCCAUUAUCAAUGCACCGACUGUGUACAUUCAGACAUUUAUCAAUGAAACGUGGCUGGAGCGCUCAGGCGCGCCUCUGGAGAGUCAUCUGAUCACCCUGCUUUGGUCCAUCAUCGUGUCAGUGUACCCACUGGGGGGCCUGAUUGGUGCCUUGAUCGCAGGACCGUUGGCAGUCCGAUUCGGAAGAAAGAAAUCGCUGUUACUGAACAACCUGUUUGUCAUUAUUUCUGCGGUGUUGGUGUUGGCAAGCAGAGCUGCCCGCUCAUUCGAAAUGAUUAUACUGUCGCGAGUAUUUGCUGGAGUCAAUGCUGGUCUCAGCAUGAAUGUCCAGCCCAUGUAUCUGGGAGAAAGCGCGCCGAAAAAACUGCGAGGAGCUGCAUCCAUGAGCUCUGCAUCCUUCGCAGCUUUGGGGAUCGUUCUGGGACAGGUCAUCGGACUCAGGGAGGUACUAGGAAGUGAAUGGUGCUGGCCACUCCUGCUGGCUAGCAAUGCCAUCCCUGGCCUGGUCCAGCUGGUCACCUUGCCCUGGCUCCCAGAGAGCCCACGAUACCUCCUCAUUGACAAGAACGACAAGGAAGCCUGUCUGAGGGCGCUGAGGAGGCUGCGAGGCAGUGUGGACCUGAGUGCUGAGAUGGCUGAGAUGCUGGAGGAGCAGGCUGCUGUAAAAGGGGAGAGAGCCAAGAGGCCGUGGGAGCUGUUUCAGGACCGGUCUGUACGAUGGCAGCUGAUCACAGUGAUAGUGCUUAGCAGUGCCAUGCAGCUCUGUGGGAAUGAUUCUAUGUACUUUUAUGCAUCGUACGUGUUUCAGGAAGCUGGAAUUCCUUAUGACAAAAUUCAGUAUGUUGUCAUUGGUACCGGGAGCUGUGAGCUCCUAACAUCUAUAACAUGUUCCCUGUUUAUUGAGAGGCUGGGCAGGAGAAUCCUCAUCCUGGGCGGCUACAUGCUGAUGGCACUGUGGGCUGUUGUCUUCAUGGUGGCUCUCUCACUCCAGGAGACAGUCAGUUGGAUGCCUUACAUGAGCAUGGGCUGUAUGUUUGCCUAUAUCCUCAGUUUUGGAAUUGGACCAGCUGGAGUAACUGGAAUCUUACCCACUGAGAUCUUUCACCAGAACAGCCGUCCUGCUGCGUACAUGAUCAGCGGCUCUCUCUUGUGGUCCAUGCUGUUUCUUGUUGGGUUGCUCUUCCCUUUUAUUGUGAGCGGUCUGGGCUCCUUCUGUUACGUGCCAUUCUGCACGGUCUGUGUUCUGUCCUCCAUCUUCAUCGUGUUCUUCCUGCCCGAGACCAAGGGCAAGUCUUUACUGGAAAUCAGCGCAAAGUUCGACAAGCGCAACUCCAAAGGAAUGGAGCCGCGGGAGGCCCAGUACCAGCUAGGUGAAGUCUCCAGAUCCACUGCCUCUAGUCUGUGUUGAACUGAAAUUAGAAGGAAACCACAGCCAUGCUGCUGUUCUGCUGGACGCAUCUACAAAACCAAUAACUGCAUGAUUUUGCACAGUACAUAUUGUAUUAGAACUUAGUAUUUAUUAUUUAAUGAUCUUAACCCAAAUAUUAGGAGAAUGCAUGUGAAUAUCUUGAACCCAAUGUUGUUUCUCUGUUUCUGAAAUCGAUUUUGUUUUAUUUAUUCUUCCACAUCAAAGGAUUGCGAUUAUAGUAUAUAUCCUAUAUGUAUAAUGAACAAAUACCCUCAAAAGUUUGUACUCUGGUAUACAGUAUUCCAUGCUGGGAAAACACUAGGAGCAAGUGCCUUGUGAACAAUAUGGUUACCAGAAAACAAUAAAACACACUUAUGAAAAACAGAAUGUAUUUCUGCUGCUGACCAGCUUUAGAAAAUACCUGCAGCUGGCGUGUGUGUGUGUGUGUGUGUGUGUGUGUGUGUGUGUGUGUGUGUGUGUGUCCGUCUACGU